AUGUCGUCGGACACGCCCACGAAGCUGGUGAGGGAGAAGCAGAACGAGGGCCGCCUGCUCCUUGUCUCCAACCGUCUGCCCAUCACCAUCAAGCGCGCAGACGAGGCUAAGUACGAGAUGUCCAUGUCCUCGGGAGGGCUGGUCAGUGGCCUGAGUGGCCUGUCGAAAACCACCACUUUCCAGUGGUACGGCUGGCCUGGCCUGGAAGUGCCCGAAAACGAGGUCGCGGGCCUCAAGGACCAGCUCAAGAGCGAGUACAACGCCGUGCCCAUCAUGCUCGACGACGAACUUGCAGACCGUCACUACAACGGUUUCUCGAAUGCUAUCAUGUGGCCGCUUUUCCACUACCACCCAGGUGAGAUCACCUUCGACGAGUCCGCCUGGGAGGGCUACACCGAGGCCAACCGUCUGUUCGCAAAGGCUGUCGCAAAGGACGUCCAGGACAACGACAUGGUCUGGGUCCACGACUACCACCUCAUGCUCAUGCCCGCCAUGCUGCGCGAGGAGAUUGGCAACACCAAGAAGAACGUCAAGAUUGGCUUCUUCCUCCACACCCCCUUCCCUUCCUCCGAGAUCUACCGUAUCCUUCCUGUCCGCAACGAGAUCCUGCUUGGUGUGCUCCACUGCGACUUGAUCGGUUUCCACACAUACGACUACGCUCGCCACUUCCUCAGCAGUUGCUCGCGCAUUUUGGGCCUAGCAACAACGCCCAACGGUGUCGAGUUCCAGGGCAAGGUUGUUACGGUCGGCGCUUUCCCCAUCGGUAUUGACCCUGAGAAGUUCGACGAGGGUCUGCAAAAGCCCAAGGUUCAGGAGCGCAUCGCAGCGCUCGAGAAGAAAUUCCAGGGCGUAAAGCUCAUUGUCGGUGUCGAUCGCCUGGAUUACAUCAAGGGUGUGCCGCAGAAACUGCAUGCUCUCGAGGUCUUCCUGACCGAGCACCCCGAGUGGAUCGGCAAGGUUGUUCUCGUACAAGUCGCCGUUCCCUCCCGACAAGACGUCGAGGAGUACCAGAACCUCCGCGCUGUCGUCAACGAGCUGGUCGGACGCAUCAACGGCAAGUUCGGCACCGUCGAAUUCAUGCCUAUCCACUUCAUGCACAAGUCGGUCUCCUUUGACGAGCUGAUCGCUCUCUACUCCGUCUCCGACGUCUGCCUCGUCUCUUCGACAAGAGACGGCAUGAACUUGGUGUCCUACGAGUACAUCGCUACACAGGAGAAGCGCCAUGGUGUCAUGAUCCUUUCUGAGUUCACUGGUGCUGCGCAGAGCUUGAACGGCAGCCUGAUCGUUAACCCUUGGAACACAGAGGAGUUGGCCGACUCUAUUCACGACGCCGUCACCAUGGGCGAUGAGCAGCGCAACCUGAACUACCAGAAGCUGUCGAAGUAUGUCAGGAAGUACACCAGUGCAUGGUGGGGCGAGUCGUUUGUGAAUGAGCUUAGGAGGAUCUCACAGACCGCCGACCGCAAGGUGCGCUUCAACACACCCAAGACGGAGGAGUCGCCGGCGGUCCAGGACAACGGUGCCAACGCUGCGUCAGACGUCAAGGAGGAUACCGUGCCUGCCAAGGACAAGGAGGCCGAUCCCGCGACGGCAGUCAAGACAUGUGAGGAGAACAAGCAGGAUCUGCCUAUCCGCAGCAAGGAGUCUGAGUCGUGA